AUUAUUAUACCUACUCUUUGGGCAUACCAUACCGCAUACUGUGCAGUACCCAAGAAAAACAAAUUAAUUAUUUGUUUUUCUUUUGUUGUUGAAAAAUUUAAUAAAAUUAAACUUAUUGUGUAUUCGUACUAUAUUUAUAAAACAUCGUCAUGUAUCCCAGAAUAUUGAGGAGAAUGUUGAAGAGUAAACCAUUGGUUAUCCCUCGAAAUAAUUCUACAGCAUCUCAACCUAUUGAGGACCUCGAGACUAAUAAAAUUAAUGGCACGGAAACCAUCACAAAAAAUCCAUUAGACUAUCCAGACUUCUUUCAGGUACACAAAUUAUUUACUGUUAAAGAUCUUUUUGAUGCCCGGGUACAUUUUGGCCACAAAGAGGGAUCUCUGAAUGAAUUUAUGGCACCAUAUCUUUAUGGAUCAAGACUUGGACACUUGAUAUUUGAUUUGGACAUAACGGCUGAACAUUUAAGAAAGGCAUUAAACUUUACAGCACAUAUUGCUUACAGAGGUGGUGUUAUAUGUUUCUUUAAUAGAAAUGCCUUGAAUGCACACCUCGUUGAGAAAACAGCACAAGAGUGUGGAGAAUAUGCUCAUACUAGAUUCUGGAGGGGUGGAAUAUUUACAAAUGCUAACCAUCAAUUCGGUGCCAUUACAAGGUUGCCAGAUUUGUGUAUUUUCUUAAACACACAAAACAAUAUUCUUCACCAGCACACUGCAGUCAGAGACAGUGCAAAAAUGUUAAUACCAACAAUAGGUAUUGUUGAUACAAAUUGUAACCCCAACUUAAUAACAUACCCAGUGCCCGGAAAUGAUGACACACCAGCGGCAAUACAAUUAUAUUGCAAAUUAUUUAAAGCAGCCAUUCAGCUGGGUAAAGAAGCAAGGAUGAAGUUCUUACAGGAGGAAGAUCAAGUUGAAACAAAUAAAUAGGACAAAAAUAUAAUUUAAUAUUUAACAAUAAUGUAGGGAAAGAAAUAGAAAUUAUUAUAACAAUAGGUCUAAUAUAACAAUAAUUGUACACAUGUAUAUUUAUUUGUUUUAACACUUAAUAAAACACAAGCAGACUGGUGACUAUGCUUCUGUUUAUUAAAAAUUAAAAUAAAGAAAUUUAUUUCAAAGUGAAGGUCUGUUCUCAGUAUGUAAUGAAUAAGACAUAAAUUUUAAUAUAAAAUGCACUCUUUAUAUUAUUUACAUAACAAUAAAAAACAUUUGACAAAUUUUUGGUAUUCAAAAUGGGUAUAUACCUACAUAUUAUUUUAACACAGCAUUUAACAUCUCACAUUUUUUUUUAAAUUACUAAUGCCAAUAGUUGUAGUUAGAACAUGUAAAUAUAUGUCAGAAUUGUGAAUAAAAUGUAAUGCAAAAGAUCA